GAAGAGGAGGCUGUGGGGGACGAUGGCCUAGUCCUAAUUUGGGAAUUGCCGGCGGCGGCCGCUACGGUGUCUGCUUCCUCGGUGGCGGUGACAACCUCAGUGGCGCCGGAAGGCAUGGAUCCUAUCCUGGUCUACGCGGCAGGACCAUGGACUCUGACGGAGAAGGAUCUUCUUCUACUAACCCAAAUAGAAGAAGCAGUAUUACAGAUCCAAGCAAAGCCCAAUAUGAAGGCGUCCCAUCACCUAGCAGACCUUAUCACCUCCUGGAGCAAUAUGCAGAAUUGGCUUGCUCAGGACGAACAAGCAUACUCCACCCAGAAAAACACGACAAAAGAUCUCAUAUGGCCAACAUUGAAUGGACAGCAACCCGUAAUGUCAUCAACAGCCUUCGAGAGUUGGAACUUAUCUGCCAAGUCAAGGAAACCGAUUUCAGACGAAGAGGCCAUCAUGAAGGACAAAGCACCUACUGGAAAGAUGCCUUACCGGCUGUCACACAAGCCCGAUUGGACCUCUGGGAAACCUUUAUUCGACUCCAAGCAAUAA